CAGGUGAUGGUUAGUGGAGUUUGCACGCUGAGAAAAGCCUUCCCACGAUAUUCGUAGGAGAGCCUGAGGUAAACGGAGCUGCCGGGAGCACGGGAAGAAGAACCAGUCUGUUCCUACGCUCGCUUUCAUAGAUUUGAAGGUUUCUGAGUUGUAAUUAUUUUCAAAAGAGUAAAAAAAAAAAAAAUGUCAACUUACAUUUAGAAAGUUCAUCCCUUCAAAUAAGCUAAUAGUGCAGGGCCUUACAGCCCUAGGCAGGGGUUAGGGAACUCCGUGAUGUGCGGCCAGGCUGCCUGGGACUCGUGGGCAAUCACACACAAAUGUGUGCGCCUGCCCAGUACGGGGACCCCAGACACCCGGAGCUCUCCUGGGAAGACUUUCACUUCGCUGACUUCAGAGGUCCUUGGGUCUGAUCUUACUCCAGAUGGUCUCUACUCUGGAAGUCCCAAGAUGACGUCCUGUUCCCAUUGCAGUGUGCUGCCCCAGCCCUCACCUGGUGUCCAACCUCUGUUUGCAGUCAAACUCUAGGAGCCAGAGAGUGGUUGGAGGUCUCUGGGGGGACAGCAGGCUUCUCUCUCUUACCUUAGCCCUCAUUCCCAGCGUGAUUGGGCCACUGGCCUAGAGUUAGGAAAGGCACUGUGUGUUGAGAGCACCAUUUCCAGGGGUCCCCUCUUGGGGUCUGCUUUCCAAUCUCAAGCCUGACCUGGGUCAGACCCUGUCAGGAGUGGUGGGGAAGACAGCAGCUCUUCUGCAUGACAAAGGGUGGCCCUGCUGGAGAGCCAGGGGACACACUGACAAGUCUCACAAUCCACUAUGGCUUUUCUCUUUAGCCCCUGACUGAGGUCGCCAGAAUCUGCAAAUAAAAGCUCUAGAUACUGGUGUAAUGCAAAUCACAGGGUUUGGAAGCAGCAAUGAACAAGACUAUAAGCGUACAUUCCAGACACUGGGAACAGGCACCCGGCAGAGAGUGAGCUCCAGGACCUGCCUCCCGAGCAGCGCUGAGGCUGGAUUUGGGGCUUCAUGUGUGCAGGGCAGGGCCAACUAUAAAGCUGGUCUGCACCAGCCCUCUAUAGACUCAAGACUCUUUCGGGACACACGCAUCUACAGCUCCUUCCCCUGGGCAUCACCAUGCGUUCCCUGUGGCUCGGCUGGGCACUCUGGGUGUUGUCCCUGGUUGGCCCUGGGGCAGCUCUGACUGGAGAGCAGGUUCUGGCCAGCCUACUGCAACAGCUGCAGCUUAGCCAGCCACCGGUCUUGGACAAGGCUGAUGUGGAGGGGCUCGCUAUCCCCUCCCAUGUGAGGGCUCAGUACGUGGCCCUGCUACAGCACAGCCAUGCCAGCCGCUCCCGAGGGAAGAGGUUCAGUCAGAACUUUCGAGAGGUGGCAGGCAGGUUCCUGGUGUCGGAGACCUCCACACACUUGCUAGUGUUUGGCAUGGAGCAGCGGCUGCCGCCUAACAGUGAGCUGGUGCAGGCCGUGCUGCGGCUGUUCCAGGAGCCGGUCCCCACAACUGCUCUCCGGAGGCAAAAGAGGCUGUCCCCACACAGUGCCCGGGCUCGGGUCACCAUUGAGUGGCUACGCUUCCGUGAAGACGGCUCUAACCGUACAGCUCUCAUCGAUUCCAGGCUCGUGUCCAUCCACGAGAGCGGCUGGAAGGCCUUCGACGUGACGGAGGCAGUGAACUUCUGGCAGCAGCUGAGUCGGCCGAGGCAGCCACUGCUGCUGCAGGUGUCGGUGCAGAGGGAGCAUCUGGGACCGGGAACGUGGAGCGCACACAAGUUGGUCCGUUUUGCUGCUCAAGGGGCGCCGGGCAGCGAGGGGCGGGGCGAGCCCCAGCUGGAGCUGCACACGCUGGAUCUCAAGGACUACGGGGCUCAAGGCAAUUGUGAUCCCGAGGCGCCAGUGACUGAAGGCACUCGAUGCUGUCGCCAAGAGAUGUACCUUGACCUGCAGGGGAUGGAGUGGGCAGAGAACUGGAUCCUUGAACCCCCAGGGUUCCUGAUUUAUGAGUGUGUGGGCAGCUGCCUGCAGCUGCCUGAGUCCCUGACCAUCAAGUGGCCGUUCCUGGGGCCACGGCAAUGUGUUGCCUCAGAGAUGACUUCUCUGCCCAUGAUUGUCAGCAUGAAGGAGGGAGACAGGACUAGGCCUCAGGUGGUCAGCCUGCCCAACAUGAGGGUGCAGAAGUGUAGUUGUGCCUCUGAUGGGGCUCUCAUACCCAGGAGGCUGGAGCCAUAGGCAAAGGAAGUGGCCUCCCCAACGAUGUGACUUUCAUGUAUAUCUGAAGUGUUCUAUUGUACUGAGAGAUGGGGAUUCUGAAUCCUUGAUGGGCUAAUGCCCUGUCUGUGUUCUUUGCUGAACUCUGUAUUGGAGUCCAGGCUCUUCCCCUAAAUUUUACCUGUUAUGAGGAAUGUGACUCACUGGCCACUAGGGGGCCCUACCUAACCAUCUCUGUUCUUAGAGUCACUGCACUGUAUGUUAAAGCACUUAACAUGUAUAGUUACUGUAAGCUAAGAACAGAAUUUCUAAUUGCCAUUGUUCCCUUAACCUGUCACUGAGCCCCAGUGACUUUGUAACUUUGUCCCUAAGACACAAGUGUAUCAAACAUGCUCAACCUAGGUAAUACGGACUUUGCUAGAUGUGAAUAAAAUACGUCUUGUUCUGUAACUUUUCUUGUUUGUUUUGUUGUUUUUGAGACAGGGACAGAGGCAGGUGAAUCUCUGAGUCCGAGGUCAGCCUGUUCUACAGAGCCAGUUCCAGGACUACACAGAGAAACCCUGUCUCGAAAAAAAAAAUCCUUCAUAACUCUAGAAGAACAGGGCUCACUCCUCUUGCCCUCUUAGCCUGAUACAGGGAGCCUUUUACAGCAUCGUCUGUAGCAUGGAGGAUACCACAUUUACAGAGACUUUGAAGAAAUAACCAGUGCAGAAUCUCAGCCCAGCGAAGGGACUUCUGAAGCCUCUCUGGCAGUCUACACAGCUAAGACUUCCACACCCUCUAGCUGUGCCCUCAACCUUCUCAUCUGGAUCCAUUAAAUAGGGGCAAUCCCUAAGGUCCAUGGCUCUGGUUUAAGGAACCAGCGAUUCCAUAAUUGCUUUACACACUGACUAGCACAUCCUGGCUAGUCCAACUCACGCGUUGGGUUUGUUUUUUAGACAGGGUCUCACGUUGGAGCUGCUUGGUUUUUUAUUUUAGCAUUAUUCUUUCUUUGAGACAAAGUGUCAUGUAGCUUAGGAUGGCCUCCAACUCCAUAUGUAGUUAAAUAUGACCUUAAAUAUAUAUUUAAAAUUAAUUUGUGUGUGUGUGUGUGUGUGGAGAGAGAGAGAGAGAGAGAGAGAGAGAGAGAGAGAGAGAGAGCUAGCAUGUGCUGUAGAAGUCAGAGGGCAAACUUUUGGGAGCUGGUUCCCUCCUGCAACAGUGGUUUUGCAGGGGGUGGGGGGUGGGGUCAGGCUUUUAUGGCAAGCACUUUCACCCCCUGAGCCAUCCUUGGCUUGGCCCUUGAACUUGAGUGUUGUGAUUACAGGCUUGUACACCAUGGUUGACUUCUGUGGUUCUAGGGAUCAAACACAGGGCUUCCUGCACACUACCCAAGCACUCUGACAGCUUGAGCUACAUCUCCAGCCCCUAGUUCAUCGCUUUCGUUCUGUUUUGUCAACUGGCACCCUGACCAUCACACCACUGCCUUCUCUGGACUUUGAGACAGCUGUCACCUACUGAAGAGCAGCCAGAGAAAGCCUUUUCUGCCAUUAUCAAGGGUCCUAACAUGUUCUUUUCUUUGGUAGUGGUGCCACCAUCCUAAUAGGACGGGCUAGACCCCAGGACCUAGGUCAAGCAGGUGUCAGCAUCAUCAACAAAGGCAGAAAGUGAGGACUAAAGACGUGUGGAGUGGGAGCAGGGAGAAUGGACAGAACCAAUCUGAGGAGCCAGAGGAAUGACCAGGGGGACCAUGAUAACCAGGGGUCUAGGGAAGCCAGCUAGCUGUGGAGUCUUUAACAAAGGCAGUAGCAGAGCAGGGGCGUGGCCAAGUAGAGCUAAGGGAAGACAAGGACAGAGGAAAGUUCCGAGAAAUAACUGCUAGCUAGGCGCUUAAGGGAGAGAGGAUGGAAGUCAGACAGAGGAGAACGGAGAGAGGAAAGACACCCUGUUUCAGAUAGCCACCAGCUAGAAUCAGGGACAGGAAAGCUGCCAGGAUAUUUUUGUCUUUACAGUAGAAGAUGAAAGCCCAGGCAUGGAAGCGAGGUCAGAGAAGGGGCAAAGCUGUGCCUUGGGGAACGAGGAGCAGUUCCGGCUUGAAGUUGGUUAGUGCUGGCAAGGACCCUACAGCAAGCUUUGGUUCCAUUCUUUUCCUUGUGGAAACAGGCCUGCAAGUGGGUAGUUUGCAGCAGUGGCCCGGCCACAGUCCUCAUUCCAUUCCCCAGCACAUCCAGCGACGAUCCUGCCCUGGGUGAGGGGGGCAAGGCAGGUGCAGAGGCCGCUGGUUCGCUGGAAACCUCCAAGUCCCAUCCAGAACACACAGCGUGUUUGGCCGCAGUUGGCAACGUUGGUGGCCCGGGCCGGAACAGUAACAUGUGGUCCCAGGAACUCUAGAAAUGCUGUAUUUUAUUUAGGGCAGGACGUAGCUUUGGAACUUUCAAGGUCUUGGCUCCUUACCGCGGCGGUUCUCUCUGUGGCUACAGAUGACUGGUGCAGGGUAGGUCUACUGUGCCCCGGUGCUCCCCCGCACUGCGUCCCAACUGGGCCAGCUUAUGAAGUUCCUGGGGACAUUCAACCCCACACAGAGCCGAUCACGAACGUUUGCAGAUGCUCUCCAGCGCCGACCAUCCUAGACUUGGCCCAGUGUCCUCUCAAUGGG